AAAGCAAAAAUUGUACAGUGGUCGUGCUGCCAAGAAAGUCAUAAGAAGGGAGGAGGAAAGCAUUUUCACAUGGCUAUAAAGUUAAACCGUGUUAGGAGGUGGCUGCCCAUUCGCGACUAUUUAAAGAACAAAUGGAGCAUUUAUGUUCACUUUUCUAAUCGUCACGUUAACUAUUACACUGCUUGGUUGUAUACAACCAAAGAAGACAGACAUUACAUUCAGUCUCCUGAUCAUCCUGACUUGGCCAACUCUGGUCCACCGAGAACCAUGUCAGCGAGUCAAGCUCGAAAACAACGAAGUGUACCAGCAGCCACAAGCGACCACGGUGACGAAUCAUCCAGUGCCGCAAGCGAGGAAGAAAGGGAUGGUCGAGAAAACGAGAUAGAGGAAGGCAGGCGGGCCAGCAAAGCCGUUAAGCGAAAGCGUUCCCGACGUUUAAGUAGCUUUGAAGUUUCGAAAAUAAUCAUCGAUAAAGGAUUCCGUAACAGAACGGAACUACUCGCACUCGCUAACGUGCAAAAAGCCGAGGGCAAAACAGACCUGGCGGAGUUCGUGUUCAACAGAGGAAAUAGGGUGGUGGAAGAAGUGAUUGCAACUUCGUGGGAAAUG